UAUACUGGAUAGAAGCGGGCAUUCUGACACUGGGGGAAAUUGACUUGGUGUCACUGAGAUCCCCAAUGACACCAAUACAGUGAUCAGUGCUACCAGGGGCGGACUGACAACUCAUGGGGCCCCCGGGCAAUAGGGGAUCAUGGGGCCCCUGAAGGGGUUAACGUGUGGGGCGAUCAAAGGGUUAACUGUGUGCUAUUUGUGUGCUUUACACUGUAAGCACACUGCUUUGUAUGGCUCUGUCAUGCAGAGCCAUUCAAAGCAGUGUGCAGGAGCUGACAGGGGAGAGAUCAGUGUUGUUUAUACACAGGUCUCUCCCCCAAUGGUAAUACUUGGCGAUCGCUGGGACCCGGUG